AUGUCAUCGUCUUCGAAAAUUGAAUCUGUUCUUGAAUCUGAAAAUCUCUCGCCAGUGAGACUUCCAGGCAGGCGAACCCCAACGUCGAGAUACAGGGCAAAGGAAUUGCUUGACAAAAAGACGCCCGGAAUUAUGACGCAUCCUCAUGGAAUCUCAGCAAAACAUGAAGCAAGAAGGAACACAAUUCAUCAUCACCCAGGGUCGAAGUUGAGACAUGUUGAAACCCCAUUAAUUGCUAAAUCACUGAAUAGUGAAAAGGUAUCGCUAAGUAAUAAAAUUUCAUUAACGUCGCCAAGAGCUAGCAAUUUGAAGAACAUUAGUUUAGAGAGUUUCAGAAAUAUUCGAAAAGAUUUGGAAGCUAAGUUACAUGGCGUUAUAAAUAAAAAUAAAGAAAACAAUGACCCAUUCGUUUCUUCGCCGAAGGUGUUAGAAACACCGACCAAAUACGAUGACUCUUCUUUUACAAACGGAAGCUCGCCUGUAAAAAGGCGUAAUAACGACAAUCAUCUCAUGGAGUCAUCCAAGAAGAUAGCAAAAGUAGUUACAAAUGCUAAUGAAAUCACCGAAAGCAGUCGCUGUCUGAUUCAGGUUGAUGAAGUUUUCAACAAAGAAGAUAUAGUUAGCAAAUUACAUGCCGACAAUUCGCCAGAGCAUGAAUUAUUGCUUUCACACAACUCGCCUUCUGUAAUUGAUAAUGACAGUGAGAGCGACCCAGAAGAUUACGGCAGGAUUGAACAUACAUUUAGUCAAACAAUUAUACCAAACAAUAAUGAUAAUACUCAUACUCAAGUGAAUAAAAUAAUGAAGUCUGACCCAGACAAGGACUACAUCACACCACAGAGGCUUACAGAACCAAUAGCUAAAAGCCCCAUCACGAAUCAACAAGUUCGAAUUAACGACAAUCUUAUUAUUGACGACUUUGAAGACAUUAGUAAAUCUGAUUCAAAGGAUAUUACUAGUCCACUAAAGUUUCACAAAUUAUUGGAUCAAGAAGAAGAAACUUUUGAUGAGACAUCUAACUUAAAAAGGAUGGAGGAUGAGCCUACAAUUAAUUUUUUGAUGUCUCCCAACUCGAAGCCUGUUUUUUCAGUUGAGCAGAUAAGUAAACUUCAAAGUGAGCAUGCAGAAGAAAUCAAUAAAAUUCAGGAAACUUUGGCUUUCAAAAAUCGAGAGAUUUUAAAACUUAAUCAAGAGUUAUCACUCGUCACCAACAAUGGAAUUAUGAUAGAACAAGAGUUUAAAGAAUUUAAGCAACUCCAAAAAAAUAAAACAACCAACGAAGAAAUUUUAAGCAUCCAACUUAAACAUAACGAAAGAGAAUUUGCAUCGCUUACGAAAAAUUUUAAAAUCAAAGAGAGUUUAAUUAAUCAAUUGGAAUUGAAAGUAACUAAAAGUAAGUCAAAGAUUCAAAAUUUAAUUGGACAAGUCAACACCAAAAUUGAAGAAAAUGCAUCUCUAAGUAAAAAAUUGUCGAAUGCAGAAGAAUUAUUGAAUAAUAACAAGCAGUCAAAUGCUGAAGGGCAGGAGCAGUUAAAUGAAUUGAAAACUCUUUGUCAAGAAAGAGAAUCUGAAAUCUCAAAAUUGACAAGUUCUUCUUUAGAAUCUAACAGUAAGGUUGAACAAUUAUUGAGUGAGAAAGAAACCUUAUUAGAGCAGAUACAAGUUUUGACAAACUCGAAAAAUUCCUUGGAAGAACAGCUUGAAGAAGAACGUGAUUUGAAUUUAAGGCAAGAAGAACUAGUUAAAGAACUUGAUAAGUUAGAAAACUUAGCUAAGGACAAGAUUCAUAAUUUAGAACAGGCGAUUGCAAACAAAAACGAUGAAUCGGAACAACGCUUUGAAGAUUAUGAGAAACUCCAAAAAGAUGCAAGGUUAUUAGAUGAGCAAGUGAAAUCAGCAUUGGCCGAUAUUGAUGGUCUACGGGAUGAAAAUGAGCUUCUUAAAGAUCUGAAACGAAGACUAGAAAGAGAUAUAUUUGGCUUAUCCGAGAAGUUAGAUUCUUGUCAUACUACAGAAUCUGAGUUAAACGAGAAAAUUGCAAAUCUUGGAUCAGAUCUAGCUAAGGCGAAUAGUAUUGCAGGAGAACUCAAUGCAAGAAUUGUGGAGCUAGAAGCCAAUGAUGGUAGCUUCUCAAGCACCAUCAAGAAGCUUGAGGAAGAAAAUAAGUCAUUAUCCAAAUUCAACGACGAGAAAGACAAAACCAUUAUUGAUGACACUAAAAGAAUGAACGAGUUAGUAAAUGCAAUUGAUCAACAGAGAGAAAACUAUGAAGCUAAGAUUGUCAAAUUAAAAGAAGGUUCGAGCAAGACCAAUAGCGAUAUCGAAAAAUUGCAUGAAGAGAAUGAGCUAUUGAAGAAGCAAGUUAAAUCUCUGGAAUCCUUACUCGAAACAAAGAUUCUGGAAGUAGCUACUUUUCUUCACAAGGAAUACGCUGAGAAACAUGUUAAAAAGUUACGUGAUGUAAAGGAUAAGUACGAAAAAGAACUCAAUCUCACUGCCAUCGAGAGGAAAGGUUUAGAAAGGGAGAUUGACCUGUUGAAAAGAAAACUUGCUCGGGCAAAUGAAGAGUGUCUGAGAAUUAACGAAUUCGUUCACCUUAACAAAUUAAAUUAUAAAUCUGGCGCAAAUGCUUUGAGUCCAAGGAGAUCAACAGGAAGUAGGUCCAGAUACUAA